AAAUAACAUUAGUAAUGUGUGUUGCAUUAACUUGCAAUAUUGACCAUUUCUUCAUCCCCAACAAACCAUGAAAAGGAUCCAUCGUUUGUCUCUCUAGAUCCAUCUAACUACUAUUUUCAAAAUUUGUGCAAAGCCAAACCUCAUUUUGUGUUAACAGCAGCGGAAAAUGGUAUUUCUAGAUGUUUUUUUCUUUUUCAUUGAAGAAGAUGAUCUAUUGUGGAAAUUAAAUGUCAUUUUAUAUUGUUGCUAAAUUGCUAUUAGGCUAAUGCGGCAUCUGGGGUGGGCGUGAUCGAUGAGUGCAAGCUAAAGUUUAUGGAGCUGAAGUCGAAGAGAAACUUCAGAUACAUUAUUUUCAAGAUUGAUAGAUCAAGUCAAGCUGUGGUUGUUGAGAAACUCGGAAGUCAUGAAGAGACACAUGAGGAUUUCACAAAUAGCUUACCUUCUGAUGAUUGUCGAUUUGCCGUUUUCGACUACGAUUUCACCACUCAAGAGAAUAUGCAAAGAAGCAGGAUCUUCUUCGUUUCAUGGUCACCAGAGAUCGCAAGCGUGAGAAACAAGAUGGUGUAUGCAAGCUCCAAAGACAAAUUCAGGAGAGAACUGGAUGGUGUUCAAGUCGAGUUGCAGGCGACUGAUCCAAGCGAGAUGAGCUUGGAUACGUUCAAAGACAGAGCCCACUGAACAUACAUGCACCCAUUCAUAUAUAUCCAUAUAUACAUUUGCAAUACCCAACUAAUAUGCAUUUUAUUUUUGUUGUUGUUACUUAUGAAUUAAGAUAAGCAACUUAAUUGUCAUUGCUGCCCGCCUGGAUGGUCUUUAGGUGACUAUUAUUGAUAAUUGUCUUAGUGCCGAGGAAAAUAAAGUCUACUUAUCCCCAUUCCGACCUUUUCAUUAAUGAUUUACAAUAUAGCCCAAUAUAUAUCUUGAAAAUAAUCAAGUU